AUGGCUGAUUUAGAAAACUUGCUUUUGGAAGCUGCUGGGAGAACGAAUGCAGCUGGGAGGGGUCGACAUUCUAAUCCUCCAUCAUCGUCAAGGAGACGUGAGGGUUCUUACUCGGAUGGUGGUAGUGAUUCAAGAGAUGAUUCUGAUGAAGAUCGUGGCUAUGCAAGCAGGAAACCUUCUGGUUCUCAAGUACCUUUGAAGAAGAGAUUGGAAGCAGAGAGAGAAGAUCGAGCUGCUGCCCGGGACGAAGGCGGUUACGGUGAUGGCCCAUCUGAUCGCGAAGGUGACAGCAGCGAGGAAUCUGAUUUCGGGGAUGAUCUUUAUAAGAACGAAGAAGACCGGCAGAAGCUUGCUGGAAUGACUGAAUUUCAGAGGGAGAUGAUUCUGGCUGAACGUGCUGAUAAGAAAGGUGAUAAGAACUUCACUGAGAAACUUAGAUCAAAGAGAGAAAGCGAGAAGACUCCUGUUUCGAAAAAGGAGACCCAGCCUCUUGUGGCCUCUCGUGGUGUGCGCUCAUCUGCUAGAUCUGCUGACCGAGCUGCUGCAAAGGAUGAUGCUCUUAACGAAUUGAGGGCAAAGCGUAUGAAGCAGCAGGACCCGGCUGCUCUCAGGAAAAUGAGAGAUGCAUCCAAAGGUGGUUCAGGUAGCAGAGAUUUCUCAUCAACAAAGAGGAAACCGUUAGCUUCCUCUAAUUUGAGUAGCUCUAGCCAAAGUGACAGUGAUAGUAGGUCUCAGAGCGACGGUGAAGGCUCAAAUGGAGGAAUGCUCGACAGUGAUGAUGACAGGUCUGAUGUGCCUACGUUUGAGGAUAUUAAGGAAAUUACAAUCAGACGGUCUAAGCUUGCUAAAUGGUUAAUGGAGCCUUUUUUUGAAGAGCUUAUCGUUGGGUGCUUUGUGAGGGUUGGGAUUGGAAGGUCGAAGAGUGGUCCAAUUUACAGGCUCUGCAUGGUGAAGAAUGUUGAUGCAACCGAUCCAGACAAGACUUACAAGCUUGAGAACAAAACUACACACAAGUACCUAAACGUCAUCUGGGGAAAUGAAAACUCGUCUGCUCGAUGGCAAAUGGCAAUGAUCUCAGAUGGGCAUCCGCUGGAGGAAGAGUAUAGGCAAUGGAUCAGAGAAGUUGAGCGAACAAAUGGGCGCAUUCCCACAAAGCAUGAUAUAUCAGAGAAGAAAGAAGCUAUCAAAAGAAUAAACAGUUUCGUUUACUCAGCGGAAACCGUCAAACAGAUGUUACAGGAGAAAAAAUCCGCUUCGGUCAGGCCAAUGAAUAUCGCGGCUGAGAAAGAUCGGCUUAGAAAAGAAUUAGAAAUUGCGCAGAGCAAAAACGAUGAAGCAGGUGUAGAGAGGAUCAAAACGAAAAUCAAACAGCUCGAGGCAUCACGGAUGACUAAAGAUGUCGAUAAAAAAGCGCUUAAACUUGCUGAGAUGAACAAGAAGAACAGAGCCGAGAAUUUCAAAAACGCAUCUGAGGUAAAAUCACUUACAGCUAGUCUCAAGGCCGGUGAAGCUGGGUAUGAUCCGUUUUCAAGGAGAUGGACCCGUUCAUCGAACUACUACAACGGUAAAAGCAGCGGGAAAGACGGAAUUGAGAAUGAGGCAGUGGUUGCAACAGCGGUUGAGACCAAUGGAGCAGAUGCAGGAGCGGGUGUUGAAGCAACUGAAGCGGCUUUAGAGGCGGCUGCAGAGGCAGGGAAGCUAAUAGACACAAGAGCCCCAAUAAGUCAUGGAGCAGAACACAAUCUGCUUCAUAACUUUGAAUUGCCGUUAUCGCUAACGGCGUUGCAGAAGUAUGGAGGACCUCAAGGAGUACAGAAAGCGUUCAUUGCGAGGAAACAGGUGACAGAAGCAACAGUGGGAUGCAGAGUUGCUGAGAAUGAUGGUAAGAGACAUGGACUUACGUUAACCGUUAGUGAUUACAAGAGAAGAAGAGGUCUUCUCUGA